AUGGGCAGCCUUUUGCGCGCCGUCACGAUCGCACUUUGCAUCACCGCGCUGCGCGGCGGCGCCGCCAUCGAUGAGCUCGGCGAGGCGUGGAUCACGGAGCCCAAGUCCGGGAGCGUCGUCGAGGGACCGGUCGUCGACGUCGAGAUCGGCCUGCGGCGGGGCAGCGCGACGGCCGGCGCGACGUCGGCGUGCAUCUCCGCGGCGCGCGUCGUCGACGGCGACCCGCUGCCCGGCGACGACCGCUGGCCGAGCGCCGAGUGCUCCGACGUGUCGCUGCCGAGUUUUCACGACGACGCGAAACCGCUCGUCGCGCGCGUCGCGCUCGACCUGCGGCCGCCCGGCUGGUACCGCGUCGACGUCGUGCUCCGCGGCGGCCCGGCGGGCGACGCGGACGCGCCGGCCAUCUCCGAGUUCGCCGUCGCCGUCUUCGUCGCGGGCGCGGCGGCGCCGGCCGCGGACCGGAGUCGGCUGCUCGGGCUCGCGUGGGACUGGGGCGGCGGCAUCGGCUGGGGCGUCGCGGGCCUCCACAUCGCCCUCGCCCUCGGCGGGCCCAGGAGCACGGCGCUGCCCGUGCCCCUGGGCCAGGUCCACGGCUACGAGGUCACGCCCGCGCAGCGGCGGACGCUCGAGCCGUCCGUGCUCGCGGCGGCCGCGGAGCGGCUGGCGUCGCGCGGGCGAAACGCGUCGGCCCUCGAUUUUCCGGUUGUCCACGCCCUGGGCCGCUGGGGCGUCAACGGCUCCCUGGGCUCCAUGGACGAGGCGCUCUGGAGCGCGACGCGCAACGUCGGCAUCUUAUUCGCGGAGACGCUCGACUGGUCGCAGAGCGACCUCGCGGCGCUGCGGCGCUUCGACGCGCUCCUCGUCGGGUCGACGUGGUGCGGCGCGGGCCUCAAAGCGGCGGCGGCCGCGCUCGACGGCGCGCCGCUGCCGCCCGUGAAGGCCUUCAUGCAGGGCGUCGACGCGUCGCUCUUCAAGCCGCCGACGGGCGUGCGCCGCAAUCCCGGCGCGCGGUUCCGCGUCUUCUCCGGCGGCAAGCUCGAGUGGCGCAAGGGCCAGGACAUCGUCGUGGCGGCCUUCCGCGAGUUCCGCCGGCGCCACCCGGACGCGGACGCGGAGCUCGUCGUCGCCUGGGCGAACCCCUGGCGGAAGACGGUGCUCACGAUGGCCAACGCGACGCACACGGCCGGCGUGCCCGCGGCGACGCGCCAGCAGGUCCUGGAGGCGAACGCGACGGCGCCGCUCCCGCGGACGGACGCGGACUACGUCGACGAGAACGCCGCGCUCCUCGACUGGCUCGAGGCCAACGGCCUCGACCGCCGCGACGUCGUCCCCCUCAUCCCCGUGCACCACCGCUACGUGCCCCAGAUCCUCCGCGCGGUCGACGCGGCCCUCUUCCCGAACCGCGCCGAGGGCGGAACGAACCUCGUCGCCAUGGAGGCCGUCGCCAUGGGCGUGCCCACGGCGCUGGCCCGCAACACGGGCCAGGCGGACCUCGUCGACUUCCUCGGCGGCGACGACGGCUGCUGGCCCCUGGGGAACCAGGUCGAGUCGCCCGCGGCGCGCGCGGCGCCGGACCAGUUCGCCGGCUACGAGACGGACCCGGGCGACGCCGCGGCCGCGCUCGCGGACAUCUACCGCGACCGCGCCGCCGCGCGCCGCCGGGCCCUCCGGGGCGCGAAGCGCAUGCGCGCCUGGAGCUGGGAGAGCGCCGUUGAGGCGGAGUUCGACGCGCUGAUGGCGCACUGCCCGGACAGCGACGGGCUGCGCAAGUCGCUGACGGACCUCUGGGCCGACCCGCCCGUGGCCGCCAUGGCCGCGCGCGUGCCGAGCUGCGAGUGCGCCGACGAGGCGCGGCGCCUGCUCUUCUUCCCGAGCGCGUCCGACGGCGGCGCCUACGCGCGCCUCGUCGCGCCGAAGAAGCCCGGCGCGGCCCAGAAGUCGCCCGCGCGACCCGCGCUCGGCCUCAUGUUCAUGCUCCACCGCGAGUCGGGCUUCCUCCGGCGCUUCGUCGUCGCCGGCGGCCUGGACCACCUCGCGGCGCGGCUCACGGAGGGCGACCUGCACGUGCGCGCCCACGCCGUCGAGGUCUUCCUGCGCAUCACGGGCGACCCCGAUCUCCGAUGGUACGACGCGCCGCGGCGCGGCUCCGAGGACGCGGCGCUCCACGCGGCGCUGCUGGCCAUGGACGGCGGCGCGUCGCCCUUCUUCGAGGGCCUGGCGGCGAACCGGCGCGACUCCUUCCCCGGCGGCGAGCGGAGCUGCUUGGAUUUGCUGGCGUUCUGGAUCGGGUGGGCGCGGCAGACGCACUGCGAGGGCAUGCGCAUGGGCCUGAGCCGGGACCUGCUGGCGACGCUGAGCGACUGGGUGCCCUGCGCCCAGUCCCGGGGCGACCCCGAGGAGGAGGCCCUGGCGAAGCAGCUCUUCGACGACUUCUCGCGGUUCCCGCCGCACAGCGGCGCGGACGGCGAGGCGUGCGGCGGCGUCGCGCUGCGGGACGUCGGCGACGACGACGACGACGAGGUCUGCGGCGACGAGCCCGUCGUCGUCGAGCUGAGCGCCGGCGGCUUCGACCUCGACGCGCCGCCGCCGCCGCCGGCCGCGGCGCGCGCGCCGCCGCCGCCGCCGGCCGCGCCGCCGAAGCCGCCGCCGAAGCCCAAGAGCCGCCGCGCGGCGGGCAACGAGGCCUUCGCCGCCGGCGACUUCGACGGCGCCCUGCGCCACUACGCCGCGGCCCUCCUCGAGCUCAAGGUCGACGUCGCCGCGGACGUGACGGACGUCUCGGGCGCGGUGAACCGCCCCGCGGUCGCGGUGCUCCUCUGCAACCGGUCCACGUGCCUCUUCAAGCUCGGCGAGGCGAGCCUCGCGCACGCGACGUUCGAUAGCCGCGCCCGCGAGUGCUUCGAGGCCUGCGCGGACGAGUGCGCCGCGGCGCUGGAGGCGGACCCGAGGAACGUGAAGGCGCACUACCGGCGCGCGCAGGCGCUGGAGAAGCUCGGCCCGGCGCGCAUCUUCGACGCCAUCGACGCCGCCAGGGCCGCCAAGGCCGGCCUGGGCAGGGGCGCGCCGCCGCCCCAGCGCAACGCCAUCGAGAAGCUGCUGCUGGACCUGCUCAAGCGCCCCGCGGCGUCCGCGGGCGCCGGCGGCUCCGCGGCCGCGAAGAAGGUGUCGAAGACGUCGAAGAUCCUGCAGAGCCUCGUGCGGGCGCGCGACGGCACGUCCCAGCACGAGAUGCUCGGCAAGUGGACCGACGCCAAGGCGGCCCAGUUCAAGGAAAAGGACCGGACGCCCGCGGAGCGGCGCGCGGCGGCCGCCGACGAGCUCGACCGCGACGCGCCGGAGCUCUCGGCGGGCCUCGACGGCACGGAGGAGUCCAAGGGCGGCGAGGCGCCGGCGACGAGCGACGACGACGAGCCGGCGGCGGCGCUCGUCGACGCGGACGCGGACAGCGACGACGACGACGCGAUGGAAAUCCGCGCGCGCGACGCCGCCGCGGCCAAGAGCGCGAAGAAGGCCAAGGCCAAGGCCAAGGAGGCGAAGAAGGAGAACGGCCGCAAGCCCAAGGACGCCGACGUCAAGAAGAAGAAGCAGGCCGACAAGCUCGCCAAGAUCCUCGGCAUGUCCCACGCCUAG